CUGCCUUCUUCCCACCCUGGUUCGAUUCUGAGCUAGGCCUCUCAGCUAGGCCGCCCCAUCGGUUUCCUAGGGGGGCCAGGCCACUAUUAUCCUUUUGGCAGAGCUGUGGAUUUGGGGUUACGGAACAGAUGGAGGCAAAGGGGCCAAAGGAGGAUGAAAGGUUUACACUAAUAGAAAUGCCCAGCUAAUUGUUAAGGAGAUUAGAGGCUGGGCCAGGCAGGCACUCUCAGCUUGGAGGUGACCUGCCGCAUGGAAUCAGAGAGCCCAUGGUAACGUUAACCAAAGUGGCGCUAAGAAAAAUAAAUCCCCCACCAACGAGAGGCGGCAGAUCGAGUUGCCGCUCGAGCGUUUUGGCCUUAGCGGUGGGAUAGAAAGGCGUUUGGGGUGGAUCAAGCCUUAGAAGAAGGGAGACAACGCAAGAGACCGUCAAACAAGAGACACAGAUACAGUGCAGAGCGCUACAAGCGCAGAGAGCAGGCCAGAGCGGAAUAAUAGGUCUCAUCAGAAGGCCAUUGUGUAGCCUGUCAAAGCCCCCCCCCCCUCUUUGUGGCUUCUGUAGAAGCCCCACUAUUGGUUACAGGAGGCCGGCAGCUCAUUGAAAUCUUUGUAAUCCUAGCUGCGCUAAUUAAGCAAGGCUGCGGGUGCUUAAGCAUGUACAUUUUUUCCUGAGUAUUCUCUCCUCUCUAUCCCCACCCCACCCCCUCGCCACGCUGGAGAAGAUGAGGAGGAGGAAGAGGUCAGUGUGAGCCACGCAGGAGGCAGCAGCGCUGCCAGCAGGGGGGAACGAGGCAGCCAAACGAGAUUGGCUUUGCGGCUGAAGAUUAAAUGUAGGAAGAGCUGGUGCACACACACAGAGAGAGAAAGAGACUGGGAACUGGGGCAGGUGCACGUCACUGGGUCUUUGACUGAGGUGUAAGGUUCAUUUGCACUAAUCCAGAUCGUUCGGCUCGCUCGGCUGUGCCUAUGUGAGCGUGCACGUUUCCGUACCCCCGACGAAGGACUGGGAAGACCUUAGGCGCCCACCCCAGUCCUUGGGACUAUAUCUGCUGUCCGGACAGAAGAUGCCAACGAAUGGGAUCCACCAGCUUCUGAAGAUCCAGUUUGGCUUGAUUAACUCUGACAACAGGUACCUGACAGCAGAGAGCUUUGGCUACAAGGUCAACGCCUCGGCGCCCAGCCUGAAAAGGAAGCAGAUAUGGACCCUGGAGCAGGACGGAGACAGCUCCGUGGUCUUCCUGAAGAGCCACCUAGGUAGGUACUUAUCUGCCGACAAGGAUGGCAAGGUCUCGUGUGAAGCCGAGAAGCCGGGAGGUGAUGGGCGUUUUGUCAUUGUCACUCAGUCGGACGGGCGCUGGGCGCUCCAGUCAGAACCCUACAAGCGUUUCUUUGGAGGUUCCGAAGACAUGUUGUCCUGCUUUGCCCAAACCAUCACGGAAACGGAGCUCUGGGCUGUGCACUUGGCUAUCCACCCCCAGGCCAACCUCUUGAGCGUAAGCAGGAGAAGGUAUGCACACCUCAGCGCUCAGGAGGAUGAGAUCUCCACCGACAGCAACAUCCCUUGGGGUGUGGACUCGCUCAUCACCCUCACCUUCCAGAACAAGAAGUACUGCCUGAGAACCUGCGACAACCGCUACCUGCGCAACGACGGCACUCUGGUCAAGGAGCCUGAUCCCCGCGCGGGCUACACCCUGGAAUUCAAGGCGGGCAAGCUGGCCUUCAAGGAUUGCGAUGGGAAAUACCUGGCACCCAUGGGACCUACUGGCACUCUAAAAUCUGGCAGGAGCUCCAAGCCUGGCAAAGAUGAACUCUUUGACCUGGAAGAGAGCCACCCGCAAGUAGUUUUCGUGGCCUCCAAUGGCAGAUAUGUCUCCAUCCGGCAAGGUGUCAACGUCUCGGCCAAUCAGGAUGAAGAGACACACCAUGAAACCUUCCAGAUACAGAUUGAUAAAGAAACCAAGAAGUGCAUCUUCCAUUCCAACACGGGCAACUACUGGACCUUGGUGUCGCAUGGGGGAAUUCAGGCCACGGCCACAGAAGUAUCUGCUAGCACCAUGUUUGAUAUGGAGUGGCGUGGACGCCGGGUAGCCCUCAAAGCUCGCAAUGGCAAAUAUAUCUGCACCAAGAAGAAUGGACAACUGGCAGCUGUCAGUGAUGCAGUGGGGGAGGAUGAGGAAUUUGUUCUCAAGCUGAUCAACCGGCCCAUCCUGGUCCUUCGGGGGUCUCAUGGCUUCGUGUGCUACCACCGCAACUCCAACUUGCUAGACGCCAACCGUUCCGUCUAUGAUGUCUUCCAGAUCAUCUUCAACGACGGCGCUUACCAGAUCAAAGGCCUCGCUGGCAAGUUCUGGUAUGUGGCCACCAACGGCACCGUCUGCAGCGACGGCGAGAUGUCGGAGGAUUUCUACUUUGAGUUCCGCGAGUGCAGCCGGGUGGCCAUCAAAGGGAAGAACGGCAAAUACCUCCGCGGCGACCAAGCCGGGACCCUGCGCGCUGAUGCCGACACCCUGCACCGGGCCACUCUCUGGGAGUACUGACGCCGUGCCGCCUGCCGCGUAGCACCGUAGAUGCUCUAGCUUCCGCCACGGUAGCCGAGCCAGCUCAGAGCGGACACAGAGGUGGGGUGUUUGGCGGGGAGGGGAAAGCUGAGUGUUCCCACCUGGACUCCAGAGGCACGGUAAUAUACCCACAUCUUCCUCCGUGGAAAAGGACCUUGCUGGAAUGGAGGGGUGGGGACCUCUGGCCCUAUUUCCCAUAGUCUUAUCUGUCUAACCUUAGAAGCAGCACCCUAAUGCACAGCUGCCAGGAGAGUGCGGCACUGAUGUACCCAGGUCAGGAUUAAAGCGAUAGAGGCUCCGUUUCAGAACCAG